AAGAAGAUGUUUACGUCACACGGAGAGCUUGUGAUGGCGGUUGAUUUGACUCCUCGGUUCAGAAGGCUGAACAGCCAAACACGAAGUUUUCGUGAAAAUAUACAGCAUGGUUUCUCAGGGCCUUUCGGUGCCACUCAGCUGUGGCACAACAUCAUCCACGCCCUGCAGACCCAGGUGGAGGUGCGCCGCUGUAGGAGGCAUCUGCGUGUUCACGCCGAGUGCUUCACAGGCUCAGACGCUGUGGAUGCAGUUCUCAGUUAUUUGAUGCAGAAUGUGGUGUUUUGCACUAGCGAAGUGUCUCGCCUUAAAGCUGCACGACUCUGCCAGGCUCUGAUGGAAGCCAAGGUGUUUGAACCAGUAGGAACGAAGCUGUUUCGCAGAGACAAGGAAGUGACAUUUGAGGACAGCAGUUGCAGCCUUUACCGUUUUCUGGAAUAUAAAGUGUCGCCCAAUUCUGCCAUGCACGACUGCAAUAGUGACACAGAAAACAUGCCACCAGAGGGGCGGGAAAUAAAGAGGAAGAAGAGCUCCAGGAAGCUGAAUGAGCUGAGAACAAUCUCCAAUCCCCUCGCUGUUGGACCAUCAGACAGGAAGGUUGAGAGGCUGCUGAGGACUAUCAACCUGCGACCAUCCCUGUCUCCAGCUCUGACCACAGCUCCCACCGCUUCUGCCUUUCUGUCCAAGGCUGUGGUGGAUGAGGUUUGGAAGCAGCAGACGCUGCUACAGCUGCUGCAGAUAAUAGAGUUGCCCAUGCUGGACUGCAUCCUGACCUCUCCUGCCAAAGUUCAUCCCCAGGCUUGCAAGGCUCCUCUGGCCACUCAGGACCUGGUUAUCUCUAACACAUGCCUGGAGAGGGAGCUGCCUGACACCCUUAAACUGCCUCAGUUGGAUGGGUGGCUGUCGGCAGCAGCAGACUGCUUGGAGCUCUUCCCCGACCAGCUGAUCGUUGUUGCAGGGGAACAGCUCAGCCAACGAGGUGGUGAUGACUCUUUAGACGGUGGCCAGGCAGAUCAGAGGGAAAACCAGAAGAGACUGCUCUUUGACACCAUUGCCAAGUACUACAGUGGACAGGAAAAAGCUCCACUUCUCUCAGGACGCUACCUGGAUAUACAUGUUGCCAUUCUGAAUUUACUGGAUGUCGGGAAGGUGCAGGAUGCCAUCAAAGCUUCUCAGUUGUGUUUGCGACUACUUGGGACGAGCAUGAGAGAUGAACUCCGGAGAUUACUGGCCUUUAUGGCCACAGCAGCUCACUUAGAUGCCUAUCGUCUGCAGAAACAGAUUGAUAACAGGGCCCUGGUCUGUCGCACUUUUCAGAGGGCGAUUGUCCAGAAUCAUGAACUGACUCGAUCCCAGAGUGAGACCCUGGUGCUGUUUCUCAUGGACAAUCACACUGACCUCUUCAAGACUCCCACAUCCCUGAUUGAAGCUGUGAGGAGAACACUGAGGACGAUGCAGCAGGGCAAAGACCCCGACUCCAUUGCCACGUUCACCUUCUGCCAGCAGGUGACGCCACAGGAAUACGAGGACCAGCGUGAGGCUACAACUCUGGAGAGCCUCAAGCAACUUCUUCAUGACAUCUCCUCCAGCAAGAACAUGCCUGUGAAGGAGAAGAGGAGGCUGCUCAAAGAAUUUGAGAAACAUCACCCCGUGGUCUUCCUCCAGCAUUUCUCCAGCACCUUCUGAAAAUGGUAUUGAUUCACAUCUAAGGUGCACUUCAAAAAGCCAGUAGAUAAGAGUGUUGAUACCUGCUUACACUGUAGAAUUGUAGAAGUCUUUUUUUUUUUUUCUAAAUAAUUCUUAUUGUCCUGUAGCACUGGAUGGGUUAACACUGCAGUUUGAUGAAGCAUUUUGAGAUACAGACUUAACUGUAGUUGAGACUGGUUUUGCACUAGUUUAUAAACUAUAACAUAUCAUCUAAUCUAACAUACCAGGUGCCUCAAUAGUGUUGUCUGUGAGCUGUGGAAGAUUCAGCUGUUUGUUGCGGUUGGCUGUUUGUGUUAAGUGAGGGCAGUUUUUUAAAGAUUUUACAUUGGUAGCAUUAAUUUUAUGUCAUAAAGGUGAAUAAUGUUUAAAGAAGGUUUAAUUCUUUUGUGCCCUUGAUUGUUCUGCGGUUACUAUAGAAUAUAUGUAUAUAUAUAAAGUAUAAAAGGGAUUACUGAAAAUAAAAACUCAGUCAAUUAGCCAGAUGUUUUGAGGCAUUCUCCUGUAUUAUCCUGAGGCUAUUGAAGUUAGGUUGAUUGGGGCUUUUGAAAUGGAUCAGUGGUUUUCUGAAGUAAUGCUGUGCACUUCGACAUUAAUCUCUCUACAUAUCAAAUGAAGAAUAACAAUAUUAUAGCAGCCCUUUUGUUUCUUGUUGGUUUUUGGUUUGGUUCAUUUUCAAUGUAGUGUGGAAAAGUACUGGAAAAGCAAUACUAAUGUACCUGAACACAGUUUAUGACUUGUUUUGGCUAGAGAUGAAGUACGGAAGUUGUUUUUUUUUUUUCCCCUUGGAAGGUUUAAAAAUGAAAUGUAAUAUGAAAUGAAAACAGAAAAGGUACAAUAGUGUUAGCUCAGGUUAAUUUAAUAUGUUAUUAAUUGUUUAAACUUGGUUAUAUACUUUUAUUGCAACUUCUUUGGGUUUUACUUGAAAGGUGGACAUUAUGCCUUUUCAGAGGAGGAGGUGUAAUAAGUAUAUUGUUUUAGGCUACUAAUUUAAUUUUAGGUCAAGUGUGAUGCUCAGUUGGAAUUUUUUCUUUUAAUUGAAUUGUCAUGCAAAACUAAUUUACUGUCAAUCAGCAUUGUCUGUUCUUUGUGUACACUGAAACCAAGUGAGAAUGCACUUUAUGAUGCUGAAACAUGCUUUAUUUACUGUUGGAAUAACAUAUCUAAUAAAGUUUAACUGACGAUCUCAAA